AUGGCUGCCCCGGGACAAUCAUGGCUCACCCAAGACUUUGGAGGCGACGACGAAGAAUCGGACAAUGACUUUAAUCCUGGCCUUGAGAUGGGGUCCGAUGCUGAAGCAGAUGACGAUGACGACCAGAAGCCACGUGUUUCCGCUCAGCGAAGUGGCUCUGCUUCCGAGGACGAACCGGCCGCCGACUCGAAGACGAAUGGCAAGAAGUCAGUCUCUCCUGUGAAAGAAGAACGAGAGGUCGCAGCAGACGAAGAUGAGGCUGAAGGUGAAGAUGAUGCAAAGGAGGAAGACAAUGGCGAAGAUGAUGAAGGCGAAGGGGAAGACCUGAAUGGAAACGAGGACGAUGAAGAGGAUGAAGACGAAGAAGAAGACGACGAAGAGGAUGAAGAUGCAGUUACUAGUCGCCCGCGAAAGCGCAGGAGAAGAGGCCUGAACCAGUUCUUCGAAGAAGAAGCUGAAGUCGACGAAGAUGACGAUGAACUGGAGGCCGAGGAAGACGAUCUUGGUCCUGAAUUCAUACAAGACACACAUCCUGAUGAUGAUCUACCCCCCGAAGCUGACCAGGACGAUCGAAGACAUCGAGAACUGGAUCGCCAGAGACAACUUCAGCAAUCGUUGGACGCAGAGCAAGAAGCGGCAAAAUUCAGAGAGAGGUACGGGCGAAGAACAACCACUGCCUUGAGCAACAGCUCUUUUGUUCCGCAAAAUUUACUCAUGCCUGAUGUCAACGAUCCGAGUAUCUGGGGUGUCAGAUGCAAAGCUGGCAAGGAACGAGAGAUCAUUAACAAACUCAUGAAGAAAUUUAUCGAGAGUCAGGGUAGCCGCAACCCCAUGAGGAUAUGCUCUGCCUUUGAACGAGGAGAUGGUCCGAUGGCUGGAUACAUCUUCGUCGAAGCCAGGAGGAAGGUUGACGUGGAUGAUGCUCUGACGAACGUCGCGGAUGUCUAUCCUAGGUCAAAAAUGAACCUCGUUCCGGUCAAAGAAAUGCCGGACUUGCUGCGAGUGACGAAGAACAGAGAGCUGGAAGUUGGCGGUUACGUCCGGAUCAAGCGUGGUCUCUAUCAGGGCGACUUGGGGAUGAUCGAGAGCGUCGAGACUAACGGUCUGGAAGUGACAGUACGAUUGGUUCCGAGACUCACCUACGGCAUGGACGAGGAUCAAGCCAGACCUGGCGCUGCAGACGCCAAACGCAAACGCCCAAAUAACUUCGGACCCGUCAAUUCUUUCGCAAAUAGACCUCCGCAGCGGCUUUUCAACGAGAACGAAGCUAGGAAGAGACACGAUAGGUUUCUCCAACAGAACAGAGGUCUCACCGGUAGAAGCUGGUCUUACAAAGGUGAUCUCUAUGAAGAUGGCUUUUUGAUCAAGGACUUCAAGUUGCAGCAUCUUAUAACUGAGAAUGUCAAUCCUCGGCUGGACGAGAUCACCAAGCUUACAAGGACUGCCGCCGAUGGGUCGGAACUACUCGAUCUUGAAUCGCUUGCGCACAGUCUGCGGAAUACAACAGCUGAAGGCAACUACGUGCCUGGUGACGAGGUUGAAGUCUAUGAGGGCGAGCAGAAGGGUAUCGUUGGCAGAACAGAAGCCGUGACUGGCAACAUCGUUUCGAUCAUGGUUACAGAAGGAGAGCUCACUGGCCAGCUUGUUGAGGUGCCCGUCAAGGGCCUCCGGAAACGCUUUAGAGAGGGUGACAAUGUGGAAAUCAUCGGAGGCAGCAAGUAUCGCGACGAAGUUGGAAUGGUCCUUCGUAUCAAGGAUGACAAAGUCACAGUACUUACCAACAACAGCAAUGAAGAAAUCACAGUCUUCAGCAAAGACCUCCGAGAAGCAACAGGCGCGGGAGGUGCCGGAGCAGGUGCCAGCAAGUUUGAUGUGCAGGAGCUUGUGCAGAUUGAUCCUACUACAGCUGGAUGUGUCAUUAGAGCUGACCGCGAGUCUGUUCGGAUACUGGAUCAAAACGGCUCGGUGACUACCAGAAUACCCUCACAGGUCCAGAAGAUCGAAGCCCGAAGAAACGCCGUUGCCACCGACAAGAAUGGUUCGGAGAUUCGGGUUGGCGAUGUGGUACGGGAGUCCGGUGGUGAAAACAAGUCUGGAACGAUCUUGCACAUCCACAGAGGAUUUGUCUUUGCUCACAACAAACUUGGGAUUGAAAACUCGGGUAUUUGGGUGGCCCGUUGCACCAAUGUCAUCACUACAGCCGCCAAAGGAGGCCGGAUCACCGCCCCCUCGACGGAUUUGAGCAAAAUGAAUCCGGCCUUGCAAAUGAAGCGUCCAGACAUGUCGAUGGCUCCACCGCAACGACCUGGGCGAGAUCCGCUGCAAGGAAAGUUCGUCCACAUCAAUAAAGGUACCUACAAAGGCCACCGUGCUAUUGUCAAGGAUACCACAGCUGGUGAGGCGCGACUCGAACUCCAGACGAAGCACAAGACGAUCAACAUCAGUAAAUUCGACCUUUCGGUCGUGGACACAAACACCCAAAAUAAAACCAGAUACGAAGACUGGAUCAGAAAUCGCGGCGGGCCGUCAGCAAUGCGAGCAGGCCCAGGGUUCUCGGGCUCUCGCGUCCCCGACAGUGGUUUCGGAGGCAGAACCCCUAUGGGCGUCAUGGAUGGAGGCCGAACACCAGCGUGGGGUACAGCAUCUCGCACUCCUGCAUGGGGCGGCCCUGGCAGUUCUGCCCUCGAGUCCGGCCGGACCCCUGCGUGGAAGGGACCUUCUGGCUCCCAGACCUCCUACGGCGGCGGUGGCAUGACUUCUUAUGGCGGGCCUGGCAAUCACUCAACCUCAGGCAGCCGCACACCAGCUUGGAAUGCCGGAGCAAAGACCCCCUAUGGCGCGGACCACGGCUUCAGCUCAUCCGGAAAUUCCGGCUUCGAUGCUUUCGCAGCAGGUUCACGUACUCCAGCUUACACCUCCUCAUCCCGCACGCCAGCAUGGGGUGGCCCUGGAAACGCCGCUUCUGCACCUACGCCAGCUGCGCGUCCGUACGAUGCUCCUACUCCCGGCAUAUCUGCUCCCACCCCUUCGGCCUCGGGUCGCUACGAUGACGACGCUUAUACGCCGUAUCUUGGUGCUCCCACGCCAGGAGCUGGUCCUCAGGAUGCACCGACGCCGGCGCCGGGCUUCGCGAAGAACGCAAACAAGGAACCUCUCAAGAAUAAUCGGCUGGGUUUUGAUGCCCCAACCCCCGCCGCCAGCGCACCAACUCCAUAUGCCAGUGGCGCCUUUGACGCGCCGACACCGGCAGCAGGUGGACCUCGAUAUGCUGAUGACGACGACGAGGACUGA